AUGUUUCUUUUUCAGAACAAGCAGCCUGAUUAUUCUUGCAGUUACAUCAUUUUAAAGACGGACGGAGAAUUCGAGGGACAUGGUUUCACUUUCACCGUUGGACGGGGAAAUGAAAUAGUCUGUUGUGCUGUUAAGUCUCUCAGUAAACUUGUUGUUGGUACCAAAAUCAAAGAUAUUUACAAAGACUUUGGAAUGUUCUGGAGACAAUUGACCAGUGACGACCAAAUGCGAUGGAUUGGUCCUGAAAAAGGUGUGAUUCACUUGGCAACUGCUGCCAUUGUUAAUGCUCUGUGGGACUUGUGGGCCAAAAUUGAAGGAAAGCCUUUAUGGAAACUUUUGGUUGAUAUGGAUCCACAGCAACUUGUCUCUGUUAUCGAUUUUAGAUAUAUAAAAGAUGUCUUAACACCAGAGGAAGCUGUUGAACUCCUUCAAAAGAUGAAGAAAGGAAAAGAAGAAAGAGAAUCCCAUCUUUUAAAGGAAGGUUACCCAGCCUACACUACUUCCUGUGGAUGGCUGGGAUAUCCAGAUGACAAGAUCCGUCAGCUUUGUAGAGAAGCACUUGCUGAAGGAUUCACACAAUUUAAAGCCAAGGUCGGAUCUAACUUGGAAGACGACAAAAGAAGAUGUCAGAUUAUCCGUGAACAGAUUGGGUUUAACAACGUUUUGAUGGUUGAUGCCAAUCAAAAAUGGGAAGUACAAGAAGCAAUUGAUUGGAUGAAAGAAUUGGCCGAAUACAAACCUCUGUGGAUUGAAGAACCAACAAGUCCUGAUGACAUCGCUGGACAUGCUCUUAUUGGUCAAAAUCUCAGACCACUGAAGAUUGGAAUAGCCACUGGAGAACAAUGUCAGAAUCGAAUCAUGUUCAAACAAUUCUUACAAGGAAAGGCCAUGGAUUUCUGUCAAAUAGACAGUUGUCGUCUUGGAGGAGUAAAUGAAAACCUUGCAGUCAUUUUAAUGGCAGCAAAAUUCAAAAUUCCUGUAUGUCCGCAUGCUGGUGGUGUUGGUCUGUGUGAGUUGGUACAACAUCUUUCAAUGUUUGAUUAUAUUUGUGUCUCGGGAAAACUCAGAGUUAUAGAAUAUGUGAAUCAUUUACACGAGCAUUUCUUGGAUCCUGUUCAAAUAAGGAAUGGAUGCUACCAAGUUCCAUUAGAACCAGGAUACAGUUCUGAAAUGAAGGCGUCUUCACUCGAAGAAUUUGAAUACCCCAAUGGAAGUGAAUGGCAAAAACUCUCAGCAGAUGGAACCAUUACAUCAUGAACAAAUUUAUUUUCAAGUCAGCAGGGUGGGUGAUGUCUUACUGCAGAGCUACUUGACCUGCUAGAAAGAGCAGCUAGAUGUUCCUUAAAUCACAUUUUGUCAUCUUGAAGAGAAAAACUACACACUAUUGGACAUGUUUCCCAUUUUUUUUUUUGCAGAAAGACUUUUGAAAAAUCUUUGAUCCUAAGCCUAACCAGGGGCUAAACAAGAACAAUGAUAAUAGCAAUUGCUUUUAACUUUUGUAUUUAGGAAGAAAGAAAUACAGAAAUAAGAGAGAAGUUU